AGGCUAAUUGGUCACUCAAAAACUGCUCACAGGUAAACACUGAUAUUUCAAGAUGGAUGUCUUUCCAAUAUCGAUGAGCAUAGGGGCUAAUUAUCUGUUAAAUUGGAAAGUUGUCAACUAAGUUUUUUUUCAGUUUUUCAGCAUUUUCACAUAUCAGUUGAAAACAUCUGCUUAAAUCGAGGUGUUGAUAAAGAUACGUUUAUCAUAUUUGAAACUAAAUAUUUCUGACAUUGUGUACUUGUUUUAUCGAAGUAAUUAACCGUCUAAUUUGGAAUUUUAUUGGAAAACAUUUUAGUGUAUAGUAUUUUUGUUAUGAGUGAAUAGAACAAGAUUAUCAGCCGUGUGAACAUUUUGAAGAAAUUUGGAUUAAGAUCAUGACAGUUUUCAGAUCUACAUUAAAAUCAGAACGUGACUGAAGUAAUUACACAUUUUAAAGCAAUCAUGUCGACAUAGAGAGACACAAAAUGGCGGAUGACCGUGGAGGUACGAUGAGAUCCAUUGACCAGACGCCCCGGGGAACUCUACGAAAUCGUGACGAGAAUCCCACUUUGUAUCGGGAGAUGGCUGUGGACAGGCGAUCGACAUUGCGGGACGCUCAGUUUGGGACGAUGUCCUCGUACAUGUCUGAACAUCACACAGGCACCGUGUUUAUACGGGUGUCUGUGCAGGAUCUAAAAGUACAGAAGUGUCUGCAGUUUGAGCUGGAUGAGACAGUAUGGGAGGCUAAACAGAGGAUCUUGGCAGUGUUCUCCAAGGACUUGAAAGAUGCUCUGAACUACGGUAUCUACAUGCCACCAAUGAACGGACGCGCGGGAAAGUUCUUGGAAGAGGAAAGACUUCUCCGAGAAUAUCCUCUGCAUGGACCAAUAGGAUUUGUGGAGUUCAAGUACAAGAGACGGGUGUACAAGGUGAUACAUCUGAAUGCCAGGAAGCUCAAGCAGUUGCAUAAUAAGACAAACUACCGUCAGUUCAUGGAGAACGUUAAGCAAGGCAACGUGUCCAAGAUAAACAAACUGACCACAAAAGGCAUGGACCCGAACUUUCACGACUCUGCUGGAGAAACGCCUCUGUCAUACGCUGUAUCGUUGCCCAAAGAGAGAUGUCGUGAGAUGACGAUAGCGCUCUUCAGUGGAGGUGCCCAUCUUGACUUCCGUACGCGCCAGGGACAGACGCCAAUGCACAAGGCCAUCUUGAACGGAAACCAGGCUGCAGUGAAGGCACUCCUGGAUCUUGGUGCAUCCACAAACUACAAGGAUGGCAAAGGUUUGACCCCGCUCUACUACAGUGUGCUGUACGGGAAGAAUGCCACAUGUGCAGAAAUGUUGCUUCACGAGAGAGCGUUGAUUGGUUGCCGUGACGAGAACGGGUGGUAUGAAAUACAUCAGGCUUGCAAGCUUAAUUUGAUCCAACAUUUGGAACACCUCAUGUUCUAUGGAGCAGACCUCGACGUCACCAACGCAAGCGGCAACACAGCGCUGCACAUCUGCGCAGUAAACAACAACGAGCAGUGCGCAAGAAUUCUGCUGUUCCGGGGUGCGAACAAGCACGUCGGAAACUUUAACAACCAGACCCCUCAGCAGGUGGCAAUAAUUGCAGGGAACGUUGCACUGUCAGAACUCAUAAAGAAUUUCGAGGAAACUGAUGUUGUGCCAUUCCGAGAACUGCCAUCGGUCAGUGAGCGUCGACCGCGCCUCUCCAUGUACGCCAGCACGAUGUCACUUAUCAGCCGUAGCCGUAGCGACCCAAAACUUAACGUAACCAUGGCGAUGGACGACAGCAGCGUCGUUUCACCUCCUGGGUCCAUGAGGAGUCUCCCACACCAGUAUAACAUGUACUCGGAUUCUGGGUCGUAUUCAGCGUCCAAAGGUUCCAACUCUCCGAGGUCCAUGAGCAUUUCUAGCAACAGUUCUGGUCAUGUUGCCAGUGUUGCUGACACAGGAUACUGGGAGGGCAGUGUGGGAGAUAGAGAGGGGUGGUUCCCGGCUCACCAUGUGCAGGAAGUGAGACUCAGAAAUAAAGCCAACUCCAUGGGCGAUCUUCUUGCUGAGGAUUCUGGGGUGACCUUGAGAGCCCACAACAGAAACACCCUUGCCACACUCGUACGCCAAGAUACCAGUGACUAUGGUCCGAGAACAGUUGUGCUACAGCGUGCCCCGGAGGGAUACGGAUUUGUUCUGCGUGGGGCUAAAUCCCAGAUGAGGCCAAAUGGUGACCUAGAUUUCCGGCCAACCCCGGAAUUCCCCGCCCUACAAUACCUUGACAGUGUGGACCCUGGGAGCGUGUCUGACAGGGCGGGGCUUAAGGGCGGGGACUUCAUCCUUGAGAUCAAUGGAGAGAAUGUGGUGCGUGCUUCACAUGACCGCGUGGUUCACCUGAUACGCAGCACAGGAAACACGCUGGCAAUGAAGGUGGUCACGGUACAGCUGGGGAAUCGAGGACAAGACUGGUUCAUAAAUGAGCAAGACCGCAACCUCACCAUGCCCAACAGACAGAAGAAAAAAGCGGCCCCAAUGCCCCCUCACAGGGACCCCAGGACCUCCCUGUCCAUCAGCAAGUCAGAGGGACAGGCUAUGGCAGAGGAAAUGGCAGCCAUGGCAAAACUUGACCUGGCUAUUGGGGAGAAGAGGGAGGAAGAAAAGAUUGCUUCCAUAAGAAGCCGAACGGCCGCAAAGCGUGUGUCAGUCGUCGACAUUGAGAACAUGGGUGUGGAAGGAAAACUUGAACGUGCAAAAAGCACACCUGACCUUUUGGAAGCCAAUAAAGUUACAAAACACUAUGCAACACCUACAGUUCCGGAUGACCACCGCAAGUAUGUGAUCACAAGUUCAGGAAGCACAUCACCGUCUGGUGCAGUUUCCCGCCCAAAAGCAGCCCCGCCUGUCCCGCCAGGGGCAGAUAACUCCCCGAAAAAGCAAGCCCCCAGACCCCCAUCAGAGGUUGUUACGAUAAACACCAACAUGGGGUCACCGUAUGCAAGUUCAAAAGUGGUUGUUACCUCAACAACAAAAUCAGAUUACGAAUCAAGUUUCAGACCUGGAGAUUCAGCCAAACUUGCCGAUGAGCCAAAUGAAGGUCCUAAAGGUCACAACCGAUCACCCAGCGCAGGUGCUGUGUUAGUGCGUCAAGGUGGGGCAGUUGAGACGGAAAAAACAAAUGUGUCGUUUGCUGAUGACAAAGUGCUAGACCGUGCAGCAAGCUUCCUUAAGAAGCACCCAAAUGCAAAACUGUUGAUGACUGCCAAGGGGCAGGAGAGUUUGAGGAAUCGUACAUCAAUGCGAAUGUCACUGCAUUCGUCUGAACCAGACCCUGACUAUGACAGUGAUAGUGGCGAUGAAAAACCAGACUCUCCUCGGAAAACGCAGGACCCCAAAACACAGUCAGUAACGGUGAUUUCCGUCGGCGAUCAAAACAAGAAAAUGGCACCGGCCCCUUCUCAGGCCGCAAAGCGAUACACUAUACAUUCGAGCAUUCCCUCAGACGACAAAGGAUUUGUAAUCCCGCCCAAGCCAGAUGUACCUGCACCAUCUCCGCCAGUUCAGGCACGACAUGAAUCACCGAAGAAAUCAUCAUCUUCACCACAGCAGAGCAACAGAAUGGCUGUAAAGGUUGAAAUUAACACUCGACAAUUUGACUCAGAGCCUCCGCAAUUACCUUCCACUCCUCCGCCAGACUUCAUAGGCAGUGGGCCGCUCAUUAACAUUCCCAAGGCACCUGCACCCCCUGCGCUUGUUUCCAACGGCACACCUCCCCCACCACCACCACCACCACCACCUCCGGCACCAACAUCCGAAGAAAUCAGAAAAACUAAAUCCAGUGCUAGUAUGGAUUACAUUUCAACCUCUGUUCCUCACAACGCGAUCGCUGCUGCAGUCGCCAAAAGACAGGAACGACUCCAGAAUGGUGGUCCGCAGAUGGCGGAAGUGAAAGCAAAGCCAGAGAUACCACAGAUGGAUCCAACGCAAGCUGCCAUCAUUGCUGCAGUUAUGAAACGGAGACAACAACUGGAGAAACAGGACGAGAACAUGGUGAUCGACUCUAUUGAAAGCAGGCUUCAGAAGACGAAGAAGCUGCAAGCAGCCAAGUUUUCCCUGGCUGGUAACAAACCACUGAAAACUGAGGCUAAACCGAAUGAAGGAAACAAACCAGUUAGCCCUGUGCAAUCCAGUGUAAAACCAUUAGGGCCAAAAACAAGUCCAGCCCCAGUCAAGAUGGAAAAGGAGGAGUUUUCAUUUAAAGUCGAACCAGUAAAAGAAAUUAACACGAUCAACAAAAAUCAACCAGGACUAACGCAAAUUAAGCCAAACUUUUCUUCGCCAGCAAAGAACACAAAACCAGUCAUUGAAACGAAACAAACAAACGGAAUAAGCAAAGGAAAACCUGUUGAAGGUUUAAAUAUCAAACCAUUAGAAAAAUCCUCCACAACCACUUCAGAAAGCAAUAAAUCUUCAGAGCGAUUAACAACUGCCAUGGUAGAAACAAAUAAUAACACAAGUGACAAUGGAAAGACUGAUUAUCUUGCAUUGGCAGAAAAGAAACGACUCGAGUGGCUCCAAAAGAAACAAAAGUCAUCUGAAUCCAAAUCAUCCCCAUCAGGUACACCUGAAAGGGACUUGGUUAAAUCAAAAACUGUGGAAAUUAAUGGCAAGCCCAAACCAUUGUCUAAUGGAGACGUGUAUAAAAAUGUGCCUCCCCCACCUCUGGGCUUUAGAGAUGGUGGUAAAACAAAUGCGAAUAUUGUGCAGUUGGAAAUUAUUCCCCCGCCAGAACAUUUUAGCAGUGACGGCGGAUCUGAGCCUAACACACAGCAAAAUAGUCCGGCAUUUUCACCGGAUACGGCGAGUUUAGUAUCCUCGUUGUCAACACUUUCUUCAUUGUCAGGCGAAGGACGCAGCAAUGGUUACGAAGAACUUAUUGCUCCACCACCACCGGGGUUUGGGGACGAUUCAUCUUCUUAUAUUCCACCACCCCCUGAAUUCGGGAAUGUUAAUGUGAAGAAAACAUUCAGUGAUAAAGCUAUAGAUCAGUGGUUUGGUAAUGAUGUUCUUGAUUGGCUGGACAGUUUAAAUAUGAGCCAAUACAAAGCAAGCUUUCAGAGGAAUUCUGUUGAUGGCAAGAAAUUACUUGACUUGAGCAGAGACAAUUAUAUCGACCUGGGAGUUACACAAGUUGGACACAGAAUGACGAUUGAACGAGCUAUUAAAAAAGCGGAAAUUAAACAAAAGACAUCACAUGAAGUGAUAGCGGUAGAACAUUUGUGAAGCAGAAAAUAAAAGUGUUACAUUUUAAGAUUUAUUGUGCCAGUGUUAAAUUUUGAAUUAAGCAUGAAAAUAUGCAAGUGAUUUUGAUAAAGGCUCUGCAUGUUAAAAUUUACAUUCAGUGUAAAAAAAAAACUGGGAUAUUUUGUUUUGCCCCUAAAUAUCAGUUUAGACUCACAUUUGUGAGAAUUUAAUGUAUAAACUGUUAAUAUAUAAACAGAAUGUAUCUGUUAGAACUAAAUAUAAUAUUUGGAAUUAUCUAUAUUUCAUUAAUUCAUUGGACAUAUUCUUCCAUUGAGGCUACAUUUUUUUCAUUAUAAAAAAGUAACAUAUUCUUCAUUUCUUUCAAAAUACUUUAAUUUGCAUUUUGUGUUAUGGCUUUUGAUUAAGCGUGUACAUUCCAAAUUGUAUCAAAUUGAGUUGAAAUUUAAAAUACAAAAUGUCUUAUAAUGGUAAUUGUCAUUUAAACACUACAAUUCAGAAUAUAUAUUACAGUUUAAAUAUCUAUAACUGUAUAGCAGUUGCUUAUCCCAAAUGAAAUAUGGAUUAUCACACAUUAAGUAUGAACAGAAAUAUAAUAUAGUAUUAAAAUAACAUAAACUGUUCUUCACUGUGUUAGAUAAGUACAUUUUGUAAUAUUUUUUGUCACAUAAAAUAACUAUGUUGUCAAAAUAUUAACGGGAGUUUAUUUUUCAAGUCUUUGAUUACAAAUCUGGUGUACAGAUGCAUGUAAGCAUUUUGUCAUGAAUUUAUAUGGGAUAUUUAUUUAUUGAAAUGUUAUUUCGUGUGUUACUUCCGUUUUGAAAAUCUGUGAAUCAUUGUGUCUUUCAAAGUGAUGUUAAAAUUUCUUCAAAACUUUCACCAUUCCAAGAAAUAUUCCAAGAAUAUUUGGAUAGAGUUGGGUGAUUUUUUUUACAAAUAUGUAUUUUUAUAUUUAAUAUAUUUUUCACUGCAAUGCCCUUUCUCAUGAAAUGCUAUUAUGUGAACAUAUCUUUACAGGUAGCUUAUUUUUAUAAUUGCUUUAUUAGGCCUGGUAGUUAUUAAACAUUUUCAUGAGUUCAUAUAUUAGGUAAUUGUACAUAAAUUUGUAUAUAUAUUAAUGUUAUAUUAUACGACUUCGUAAAUUAUUUGUUCAUAAGAGAUAUGCCCAUUCAAACUGUAAAUCCUGUUAAUUUUAUUUACUUUUAAUGCAAACUUAAUAUUGGGUCAUUGUAAUUCAAUUUUGACAGAAUGUUAACCCAUUACCACAAAGAUAUGUAUUUGUACGCAUUUGUAGUCCCUUAGAAAGUUAAAUAUCACUCAAGACCUUUCUUACAAGAUUCAAAUUUGAAAGGCUUCAUUUCCAACCCUUAGUUACUGAUAAGCAGCAAACAGCAUAAAACCUGAACAGACUGCAAGUUACUCUCAGGAUAUUCUGGUUUUAUGAUGGUUACAAAAGCCAUUUCACUUUGCUUCUUAUGUGGCAGAGGGGUAAAAUGUGGUUCUUAAAAGUUAUUUCACAAAAGAAAAAUAGAGCAUCUCAUACAAUCUUAAAAUGAAUACCGGUAAUAGUCGUACAAAAACUGUUAAACAAAUCUUACAAAUAUUGGUAACAACUAUGUCAACUUAAACCAACCUAUAUAAAAAAAGAAAGGAAAUUGAGACACUAUUUUUUUUAUUGACAUGUUAUUUCUUUCAGUUGUACCAGGUCAAUUUUUUAUGAUAAAGCAGAACAUUGUAGGUAUUCUUUUUGAAUAGGAAUGAAAGGUUUACCAAACUGCUGCAUGAUGUACAACCUACACCUAUUAUCAAGUCAGCUCCUACAACAAUAUUUAACUCUUUCAGUGCUGGAUUCGAAUUUUGAAGGCCUUUGCAAACAGUUUGGAUCCAGAUGAGACCCCACAGAAUGUGGCGUCUCAUCAGGAUCCAAACUGUUUGCUAUUCUGAUAGCAUUAUUUGAAAAAAAAAAAAAUUGAAAAAAUGCUAAUUUUAGAAAUUCAGCAGAAGACAUUUUAGCAGACGACAAAUUUCCCAGCAUGCAAAAGGUUAAAUAAUGUAUAAUUUAUUUGCUCGUGACAAAUAUUUUGUGUGUGUCUUAUAGCAAUCAUCCUUUAUUCUCUAUGUCUGUCUGUCAACAAUUGUCAUGUUGUUUUUCAAAGCAUUGGAGCUGUUUACUUGAAACCUUUAAGGUUGAAUGUCUUCAUUGGAGGGGGAUAGCUGUGUGUAAGAACCUUUACUCAGCACUUCAUAAUCACAGAGUUAUUGCCCAUGAUUUAUAUUUCAUAAAGUUUUCAUCUUUUUCUUUUAUAACUUUAAAGCAACCGCAUUCUGUAAUAAAAUAUUCAACCAAAAUUAUUCAUCUAUGGACCUCUUUUGGCAUGCAACAUAGGGUCACCACCACUCGUCAUGUGACAGAGCUCUUGCCGAACCCGACUUCCAAACAUAACACCUAUGCAUUUGUUACAAUAGAAGUUGUAUGAUUUAUAAAAUGUCAGUUACUUUUAUUCCAUUUUGUGGUUAAGGGUCUACAGUGGGAUGUAUACAAAAGUUCUUCUGAAUUUCUGUUAUCUUGUGAAAUUUGAGAUGGAAACAUAUGCUCCUUUCCACACCAAAAUCUGUAUAAGUGACAUCAGUUAUGACUUUGGGAUGCUUCUUCAACAUGUUGCGUUAACAUUUUGUUGCCAAAUCAAUACAAAUGACUUAUAGCCGUCGUUUAAACAAUUUAUUUUUGUUAAGAAUUAUACAUUAAACAUGUAAAAUGUAAGAAAGGAAAUUCUUGUCAUAACAUCAGAUUUCUUGUGGAAAAGCAUUUAUAUAUAUUUCUUUUAAUGCUUGCCAUAUAAAUUUGAGACUUUCUGUCAAAUAUUUAUGAAUUUUGAUAUUUUGUUCAGUAUUGAUGGAUCUGUACUAGACGCCAUAUUUACCUCGGAUUUUACUCGAGUUAUUUGUUUCAUUCAGUGGUCUGAGACUGAUAUUUUGGCAUUCCCUGUUGAAUGAGCACAUAACAAAAAACUUUAGCUUGUGUUUUUUUUCACAAGCAUAUUUUCUUUGAAGUUUGGGAUAACAGAUUACUAGUAUGUAGUUAUGUGGAAAAAAUCUUCAUUAAGUAUUUUCCUCCAGUGGCCUAUUUAUCAUAUACUGCUAGCGGUUGAAUCAAUGUUUUGUAACAUUAGUAAACUAACAGAAUAUCAUGCAAAAUUAUCAAUCGGGUAUAAUUAUUAUUUGCAUAAUGCUAAUUCCAUAUUUAUAUAGCCAAUGUUUGUUGUUUUGUUAUCAAUUCUGAUUUUCAUGGAAAUUCCAUGAAGGGAACUAUAUUAUCUAUUAAACUUUGUAACAACUAA